CGGGGACCCGGAAAAACAUGGCCACCUCGAGCCGGCCUAUCCGGAAACUGUCUCGAAGAAGACGGGGAUUGGCCAUCGCUUCCGGAAGUUGUGAGCUUUGUUUCCGAGCGGGAGAUCUUCCGAGACGCGCUGGGGACUGAAUGAAUCCUGCUUAUCUGUGAAAUGCAGUUAACACAUCAGCUGGACCUAUUUCCUGAAUGCAGGGUAACCCUUCUGUUAUUUAAAGAUGUAAAAAAUGCGGGAGACUUGAGAAGAAAGGCCAUGGAAGGCACCAUCGAUGGAUCACUGAUAAAUCCUACAGUGAUUGUCGAUCCAUUUCAGAUACUUGUGGCAGCAAACAAAGCAGUUCACCUCUACAAACUGGGAAAAAUGAAGACAAGAACUCUAUCUACUGAAAUUAUUUUCAACCUUUCCCCAAAUAACAAUAUUUCAGAGGCUUUGAAAAAAUUUGGUAUCUCAGCAAAUGACACUUCAAUUCUAAUUGUUUACAUUGAAGAGGGAGAAAAACAAAUAAAUCAAGAAUACCUAAUAUCUCAAGUGGAAGGUCAUCAGGUUUCUCUGAAAAGUCUUCCUGAGAUAACAAAUAUUACGGAAGUCCAAAAGAUAUAUAAACUCUCUUCACAAGAAGAAAGUAUUGGGACAUUAUUGGAUGGUAUCAUUUGUAGAAUGUCAACAAAAGAUGUUUUGUGAAAUAUCAGAAAUAUUAACAAAACUCAGCAUUAAAGAAAACAUUGAUUUUUCUUCCCUGAUUAUAAAA